GAAAUUUCUCAGUGGAGGAGACAUUUCAACUGUUCCUACAUAGGUAACCUAAAAGGAAGAUGAAGUCCUCAGUACAUUCUGAAGAAGAUGAUUUUGUUCCAGAACUACAUAGAAACGUUCACCCUCGAGAGCGGCCUGAUUGGGAAGAAACACUUAGCGCAAUGGCAAGAGGAGCAGAUGUUCCAGAGAUUCCUGGAGAUCUUACUCUUAAGACAUGUGGUAGUACAGCCAGUAUGAAGGUUAAACAUGUGAAAAAGUCCACCACUCCAGGACUGAUGGGCUGUGACAACAUUCACAGGUUACCUUUCACUAAGGGUCACUUUCCGAAGAUGGCUGAAUGUGCACAUUUCCAUUAUGAGAAUGUUGAGUUUGGCAGCAUACAGCUUUCACUUUCAGAAGAGCAGAAUGAAGCAAUGAAAAAUGGCUGUGAAUCUAAAGAGUUGGUCUACCUCGUGCAGAUUGCUUGUCAGGGCAAAAGUUGGAUUGUUAAAAGAAGUUAUGAAGAUUUUCGGGUACUUGAUAAACAUCUUCAUCUAUGUAUUUAUGACCGACGAUUUUCUCAGCUCUCAGAGCUUCCCCGUUCUGACACCCUGAAGGACAGUCCAGAGUCAGUCACUCAGAUGCUUAUGGCUUACCUGUCGCGCCUUUCAGCUAUUGCUGGCAACAAGAUCAAUUGUGGGCCUGCCCUUACCUGGAUGGAGAUUGAUAAUAAGGGAAAUCACCUUUUAGUUCAUGAGGAAUCAUCCAUUAACACUCCUGCUGUUGGUGCUGCCCAUGUUAUCAAGAGGUACACUGCUCGAGCCCCUGAUGAAUUGACUUUAGAGGUGGGAGACAUUGUUUCUGUCAUUGACAUGCCCCCAAAAGUGUUAAGCACGUGGUGGAGAGGCAAACAUGGAUUUCAGGUGGGACUCUUUCCUGGACACUGUGUUGAGUUAAUUAACCAAAAAGUUCCCCAGUCAGUGACCAACUCGGUGCCAAAACCAGUAUCUAAAAAGCACGGCAAGCUCAUUACUUUCUUACGAACAUUCAUGAAGUCUCGUCCAACAAAACAGAAGCUGAAGCAGCGGGGAAUCUUGAAAGAGAGAGUAUUUGGUUGUGACCUGGGGGAGCACCUUCUGAAUUCUGGUUUUGAAGUGCCACAGGUUCUUCAAAGCUGCACAGCAUUCAUUGAGAGAUAUGGCAUCGUGGAUGGAAUAUAUCGUCUUUCUGGCGUUGCAUCCAAUAUCCAGAGACUGCGCCAUGAAUUUGACUCUGAGCAUGUCCCCGACCUGACAAAGGAGCCAUAUGUUCAAGACAUCCAUUCCGUGGGCUCCCUCUGUAAGCUGUACUUCCGAGAGCUCCCCAACCCUCUGCUCACCUACCAGCUAUAUGAGAAAUUUUCUGAUGCUGUUUCAGCAGCAACAGACGAAGAAAGACUGAUAAAAAUUCACGAUGUUAUCCAGCAGCUCCCCCCACCACACUACAGAACACUGGAGUUCCUGAUGAGACACUUGUCUCUUCUAGCUGACUAUUGUUCCAUCACAAAUAUGCAUGCAAAAAACCUAGCAAUUGUUUGGGCUCCAAACCUGCUAAGAUCAAAACAGAUAGAAUCUGCCUGCUUCAGUGGAACAGCAGCUUUCAUGGAAGUGAGAAUUCAGUCUGUGGUUGUCGAGUUCAUCCUUAAUCAUGUUGAUGUGCUUUUUAGUGGCAAAAUCAGCGCAGUCAUGCAAGAAGGGGCAGCUUCUUUAUCAAGGCCCAAGUCCCUGCUGGUGUCCUCUCCAUCCACCAAGCUGCUGACAUUGGAGGAAGCCCAGGCACGAACUCAAGCUCAGGUCAAUUCUCCAAUUGUGACUGAAAAUAAAUAUAUCGAAGUAGGUGAAGGCCCUGCUGCACUUCAGGGAAAAUUUCAUACCAUAAUUGAGUUCCCACUUGAAAGAAAGAGGCCUCAAAAUAAGAUGAAAAAAUCUCCUGUGGGCAGCUGGCGUUCCUUUUUCAACUUAGGGAAAUCGUCAUCUGUUUCUAAACGGAAGUUGCAGCGUAAUGAGAGUGAGCCUUCCGAGAUGAAAGCCAUGGCGCUGAAAGGUGGCAGGGCAGAAGGAACGCUCCGCUCAGCUAAAAGUGAGGAGUCUCUUACUUCUCUCCAUGCAGUGGAUGGUGAUUCCAAGCUCUUCCGACCUAGAAGACCCAGAUCUAGCAGUGAUGCACUGUCUGCCUCUUUUAAUGGAGAAAUGCUGGGGAACCGCUGUAAUUCCUAUGACAAUCUGCCCCAUGACAACGAGAGUGAGGAGGAGACAGGGCUGCUCCAUAUUCCAGCUCUUGUGUCUCCUCAUUCAGCUGAGGAUGUUGACUUGAGCCCACCAGACAUUGGGGUAGCCAGCCUGGAUUUUGAUCCAAUGUCCUUUCAAUGUAGUCCUCCUAAGGCCGAAUCAGAGUGUCUGGAGAGUGGUGCUUCCUUUUUAGAUUCAUUAGGAUACUCCAAGGAUAAACCAAGUGCCAAUAAAAAGGAUGCAGAAGCAGGUGGUAGCCAGUCUCAGACUCCAGGAAGCACUGCAAGUUCUGAACCUGUUUCUCCUCUUCAGGAGAAGCUGAGUCCAUUCUUUACCCUGGACUUGAGCCCAACUGAGGAUAAAUCAUCUAAGCCAUCCUCAUUUACUGAAAAGGUCGUGUAUGCUUUCUCUCCGAAGAUAGGACGGAAAUUAAGCAAAUCACCUUCUAUGAACAUAUCUGAGCCAAUUUCAGUGACCCUUCCACCUCGGGUGUCAGAUGUCAUUGGUACAGUCUCAAAUACUGCAGCUCAGAAUGCAUCAUCUCCAACCUGGGACAAAAGCAUUGAAGAAAAGGAUGUCACAAAUAGAUCCCCCACCGAGAUAGUAAAGAUGAAAACAAAUGAGAGAGAGGCCCAAGAAGGAUGUGACUCUGAAGUCCAGCCCCUGGACCAGGUGGCUGCUGAAGAAGUAGAAUUGCCAGGGAAAGAGGAGCAGUCUGCCUCAAGCAGUCAGAGUAAGGCUGUAGCUUCUGGACAGACUCAGACAGGAGCAGUUGCCCAUGAUCCCCCUCAGGAGUCCGUUCCUGUCAGUUCAGUCUCUCUUAUCCCACCACCACCGCCUCCGAAAAAUGUUGCCCGAAUGUUGGCGCUAGCAUUAGCUGAGUCUGCACAGCAAGCCUCAACUCAGUCACUGAAGAGACCAGGGACUUCUCAGGCUGGGUAUACAAAUUAUGGAGACAUAGUGGUGGCUACAACUGAAGAUAAACUGCCCAGUUCUUACUCUGCUGUUGCCCUAGAUAAGGCCUAUUUCCAAACAGAUCGACCAGCAGAGCAGUUGCAGCUCCAGAAUGGAACACCAGGCAACUGUGACCAGCCUCUACCAGAGACAGCAACAGCUGGGGAUCCUACCCAUUCUAACACAUCUGACUGUGGGGAGCAGCACCACCAAUUAGACUUGUCAGGGAAUCAGCCACAUAGAACCUAUUUAUCUGGGGACCCAGAAAAGGCCAGAAUUACUUCAGUUCCCUUAACAGACUCAGAGAAGUCUGAUGAUCACAUACGUUUCCCCGAAGACCAGUCUGGGAAGAACAGUAUGCUGACUGUCUCCUUCCUGGAUCAGGACCAGCCUCCACUGCAUUUCUACAGCGGAGAGCAACCUCCUUCUCACCUUGGUGCAAGUGUGGAUAAACCUCAUCGCCCUUCGGAACUUGCAGACAAAUCUCCCACACCUUCUAAUUUGCCUAGGGACAAAAUCUACCCUCCUUCUGGGUCCCCUGAAGAGAAUACCAGCACAGCCACCUUGACUUACAUGACAGCUACUCCAGAAAUAGCUGAAAUGAGCAGCAGGGAAGCCAGCUGGGAUGUGGUUGAACCGCCCCCUUCUGCCAAUUUUGCUGCUGCCACCGUUCAGCGCACACAUAGAACUAAUCGCCCCCUUCCCCCACCUCCUUCCCAAAGGUCAACAGAGCAGCCUCCAGUCGUGGGACAGGUACAAGCAGCAACCAGUAUAGGAUUAACUAAUUCCCACAAGGUUCAAGGAGUAGUUCCAGCUCCAGAGAGGCCACCUGAAGCCCGAGCCAUGGACGACCCUGCAUCUGCUUUCCUCAGUGAGGGCAGUGCAGCUGCUCAGUGUCCCAUGGCUGCUCCUGCUGCCCAGCCAGGCCUGCCUGAGAAAGUGCGGGAAGGCGGCAGGGCCCCGCUGCUGCACCUGCGUGCCGAGUCUGUCCCUGUGCACUCGUGUGGCUUCACUGCACCGGUUCCUCCCACGAGGACGAUGGAGAGCAAGAUCGCUGCUGCCAUCCACUUCAGCAGUGCAGAUGCCACCAGCAGUUCAAAUUAUCAUUCCUUUGUCACUACUUCAUCCGCCUCUGUGGACGAUGUGUUGCCUUUACCACUUCCUGUCCCACAACCUAAGCAUGCUUCUCAGAAAACAGCUUACUCCUCCUUUGUGAGGCCUGAUGUCGCCACUGAGCCCUUUGGUCCAGAAAACUGUUUGCAUUUCAGUAUGACUCCAAACUGCCAGUACCGUCCCCAGAGUGUACCUCCACACCACAAUAAAUUAGAGCCACACCAAGUGUAUGGUGCCAGGUCAGAGCCACCAGCCUCCAUGGGUCCUCGUUAUAACACGUAUGUGGCACCAGGAAGAAACGCAUCUGGGCACCACUCCAAGCCAUGCAGCCGGAUUGAGUAUGUGUCUUCUUUGAGCUCCUCGGUUAGGAGUACUUGUUACCCUGAAGAUAUUCCACCGUAUCCUACUAUCCGGAGAGUACAGUCUCUCCAUGCCCCUCCGUCUUCCAUGAUUCGCUCUGUUCCCAUUUCACGGACAGAAGUUCCCCCAGAUGAUGAACCAGCCUACUGCCCAAGACCCCUGUACCAAUAUAAGCCAUAUCAGUCCUCCCAGGCCCGCUCAGAUUAUCACGUAACUCAGCUUCAGCCUUACUUUGAGAAUGGACGGGUCCACUACCGGUAUAGCCCUUAUUCCAGUGCAUCCAGUUCCUAUUACAGUCCCGAUGGGGCCCUGUGUGAUGUGGAUGCCUAUAGCACAGUCCAGCUGAGACCCCUUCACCGCCUGCCCAAUCGCGAUUUUGCUUUCUACAAUCCUAGGCUGCAAGGAAAGAACUUGUACAGUUAUGCUGGUUUACCUUCACGUCCCCGGGCCAACGUGACUGGCUACUUCUCUGGUAAUGACCAUAAUGUUGUCAACAUGCCUCCAACUGCUGAUGUAAAGCACACCUACGCAUCAUGGGAUCUUGAGGACAUGGAAAAGUACCGCAUGCAAUCCAUCCGGAGAGAGAGCCGUGCUCGGCAGAAGGUGAAAGGGCCUGUCAUGUCCCAAUACGAUAAUAUGACCCCAACUGUGCAAGAUGACUUGGGAGGGAUCUAUGUCAUCCAUCUGCGCAGUAAAUCUGAUCCUGGGAAAACUGGACUUCUCUCGGUGGCAGAGGGAAAGGAGGGCCGACACCCAGCCAAGGCCAUCAGUCCUGAGGGAGAUGACCGCUUCUACAGGAAGCACCCAGAGCCAGAGUUAGACAGAGCCCACCACCACGGAGGGUACGGCAAUACACAGCCAGAGAAACCCUCCCUCCCUCAGAAGCAGAGCAGCCUCAGGAACAGGAAGCUUCAUGACAUGGGCUGUAGUCUCCCUGAGCACAGGGCACACCAGGAAGCAAGCCAUAGGCAAUUUUGUGAGUCAAAAAAUGGGCCACCUUACCCCCAGGGAACUGGCCAGUUAGAUUAUGGGCCCAAAGGGAUUCCAGACACUUCUGAGCCAGUCAGCUACCAUAACUCUGGAGCAAAAUAUGCUACAUCAGGGCAAGAAUCUUUAAGACUGAACCACAAAGAGGUGAGGCUCUCCAGAGAGCUGGAGCGGCCUUGGGCUAGGCAGCCUCCUGCCCCAGAGAAGCACUCCAGAGACUGCUACAGGGAGGAAGAACACCUCACUCAGUCAAUGGUCCCACCUCCUAAGCCCGAGAGAAGUCAUAGCCUAAAACUCCAUCAUACCCAGAACGUGGAGAGGGACCCCAGUAUGCUGUACCAAUACCAACCACACGGCAAGCGCCAGAGCAAUAUGACUGUUGUGUCCCAGUAUGAUAACCUGGAAGAUUACCACUCCCUGCCUCAGCACCAGCGAGGAGGCUUCGGAGGGGGAGACAUGGGGACGUUUGUGUCUCCUGGCUUUCCCCAUCCACAGAGUAGGACAUACGCUACAGCUUUGGGUCAGGGGGCUUUCUUGCCCACAGAGUUGUCCUUGCAGCAUCCUGAAACACAGAUCCAUGCAGAAUGAGCCCUGGGAGCAAUAGAGUUGAAGCAGCCUCUGCUGGACAGUGGACUGUUCUAUUUUUUUUCAAUAACCAAAAAGAUUAAAAAAGAAAAAGCUAUAAAACCCCUGACCACAUUUAAAAAAUAAUAAAAGUAAACAAAUCA